AUGGGCCGGGCCCCAAAAAAAACUGCCUCCAUCAUCACUUUCGUUCCCCACCGUCGAUGGAAACAUGUGUUGUUCGGUCGGAAUGAUGCCAUGAUCUGCAGCCGCACGAUCCCUCGCGAGCUUUCUGUGUACCAAGACGAAUCGAAGCAGGGAGCAGAGAAACCAGUGGUGAAGAAUGUCGCUCAUGAGAGGAGAGCCUUUGUUGUCGAAGCUUUCUGCCCUGUCGCAGUACGUGGUUCUGCCGGGAGCCAUGGUCGCCGCUCUCUUCUAUUCGCCGCCGCGCUAUGGCUCAUCGUCUUCCUCCACCUCCGCUUCCAAGACCUCCGCCUCUUCCAAAUGAGAUCCUCAUGGUAUGGCCGGUUCCACAGGCCUUUCCCUUGCAAUUGAAAGGAAGAACAGCCUGUUUGAUGGUAAUGUUGGGCAUGGAAUAAAAAGCUGUAAGGGGGUAACGUGACGCGAUUGAUUGUUGGAUUUCUUUUGAGCCGUUUUUAUCUUGAAUGAAAUUUGUGCUGUUUGUGUUCUUAUUCUCUUUUUUCCUGGAUGUGGCCAAGAGUCUUUUUUUUAGAUAUGAUUAUUGUUAGCCAUCCAUGGGACGGCGAUCUGUCAAAUUGAUCCAUUCUUGUAGAGACUAGAUGAAUGAAUGUCACUCAAGAUAGGGUAUCCCUCCUUGUGACCUUCAUUGUCGCGUCCAUCCAUUCUUUCGUGACAACAGGUUCAUCCAUUCUAGUUAAAUGAGCUGAUGUAGUUAAAUCAGCACCGUGCUUGAGUGCAGAGUGCUAGAGUCAAUACAGUACAACAUUGAUUAUAUGUAUAGAUAGAACAUGCUUAGAGUUUUACGAAUAAUUACUUCCAGAUCUGCUAGCUAGCUAGGGAGCAGGAGAGUUACUACUAAUAUAAGCCAAACUCUAGGUAGUUGGCCAGCUGCUGUGUCCGCCGGCCAUUAGCGACGACCAAGAAUCUCCGAGACAUGAUGAUCGGGCGACCGUUGGAGCAGUUGCUGCAUCUAACAUCAUCGCGUGGAAGCCCCCACCGGCACCGGAUGGCUUGUUGAAAGGGAUAGACGGAACUGUAAGAGACUGAAAACCGAGAUACGAAAGAGCAGCUGCAGUUGCUGAUGGUGAUGAGUAGUCAACGUUGGUGGCGGAGUCAUCGUCCUGAGUAUACAAGCAGGGGAAGGGAUUUUGCUGCAUUGUAUAAUCAUUAUUCAUCGGUGCUGCUGCCCGCUGAUGAUCCUGAGUGCAUCCCCAGUCGAGAAAGGCGGUGGCAGCAGCAGCAGGUGGAGGGAGGUGAAAAUUGUCGUGAGAUGAUGACAACGACGACGGCCAGGGUUGAUCAUCAACGCCGGCGGCACCCAGCUCCGUCUUGCAUUGUCUGAGGAAACCAGUGUUGUAAUCAUCAUCAAAACCAUGGUUGCUACUAUUAUUAUUAUCAGUGACGUUGAUUGCAUUGGUUAGUAUGGUUUUGAGGUCGCCAUGAUCGGCGGCGGCGAGGAAAUCAGCAGCAGGUGGAUUGGGGAAGUGAUGAAGAGCCUUGAAGCAGCAGCUGCUUGAUUGAUGAGGCUGAGAUAAUUCCCACGACGACGGGGAGGACGGUGGCGCCGCGGCGGCGGCUUCCGACAAGGCAGGCAAUGCACCAGCCGGGUUGUUGUUGUUGUUGUUGUAGCUGUUCCCUGAUGGUGAAGACAGAGAAGCAGAGGCUGCUGCUAGUUCCUGGAGGCCGUGGAGGAAGAUUCCACUCUUCUUCUCCACCGUCUUGUGAAAUAUCCUGCAUAUCACCCAUUCCUCCUGCAAUAGCAUAUCCAUUCUUCAGAUUCAAGUGACCAUUCUGUGGGACUUAACUACACCCAUUAGCACGAAACAUCGCUUGUCCACAUGGGUGGUAAAAAAUUCAAAACACGACAAAACAUUGGAGCAUUAAAGUCAACCCACAAGACGACAAACACAUUGAUUGAUGGAUGGAUUGAUGGAUGGAAGGGAAAGAGAAGACAAGAGAGGAGGGGGAAAUUAAAAGGUAACUUGAUUCUCACGGCACACGUGUGGUGUGGCAGGGUGAUGGGGCCAGGCCAGGCCAGGGAUUAGUUUUGGCAACAGUGAAGAAGCUCAGCUCAGGGAAAUGCAAAAAUGGAGAUCGAGAUGGUGGUGCAAAAAGAUUGAGUGAGUAGCAGACGACCUUGGAGGUGGAAUGGUGGCGGUAGGAGAAAUGGCCUUCGAGGCGGUACUCGUGCAUGACCCA